AAGCCGGAACCUUCCGGUUCCCUUGGUCGUAGCCCGGCUCAGGCUGAUGAGGCGUGAACAUAGCACCACCUGGGUGUGGAGCGACAGCCAGCACUAAAACAGAGGAAGAGCGGCGGGAGCCAGAUAUCUGAGAUGCGCCUGGGACUGCGGGGCCCACCGAGCCGGGAUAGGACCUAGACGCACACGCAUGACGCCCAGCCCAGCGGAGACGUCGAGCUGGCCAGAGCCGAUUGGUUCAGACUCACCUAGGGGCGUGGCCACUCAGGGUCGGUCUCACUAGGCCCCGCCCCCGGCUAAAUAACCCCAGGCCAUCAGGAAAUAGGGGCGGGCCCUUGGCCUGGAGUGCAGGGAGGUGGAGCUGAGAUGCCGUGGAUGGCAGAGCUGGGGAGGGUCUGGCUGCGGCGAAAUGCCGCCUCCCCCUUCUCGGGCUGGAGCCUUUAAAUACGGGCCGGGGCCCGGGACUCCGGGUGCGGCGCUGGGCAAUCUGCCGGAGGUGUGUGCUGUAACGGGACAUCAGGCACUGCAGCUCGGCCCAGAGCGAGGAGCUGCCGGAGCCGAGAGGAUAGGAGCGGCUGCAGUGCUCGGGGCUUGACGUGGGUGGCAGCUUUUCAGGAAACAUUCUCAGGAGCUUUGGUCAGAUGACACUUGAUCCUGAAAGUCUGUAGAGUAAACAAGCACAAUCAUGUUUGAAAUUAAGAAGAUCUGCUGCAUUGGUGCUGGCUAUGUUGGAGGACCCACGUGCAGUGUCAUUGCUCAUAUGUGCCCUGAAAUCAGGGUGACAGUUGUUGAUGUCAAUGAAUCAAGAAUCAACGCCUGGAACUCUCCUACCCUCCCCAUCUAUGAGCCAGGAUUGAAGGAAGUGGUAGAAUCUUGUAGAGGAAAAAAUCUAUUUUUUUCUACCAAUAUUGAUGAAGCCAUUAAAGAAGCUGACCUUGUAUUUAUAUCUGUAAACACACCAACCAAAACCUAUGGAAUGGGGAAAGGCCGUGCAGCAGAUCUGAAGUAUAUUGAAGCCUGUGCUAGACGCAUUGUGCAAAACUCAAAUGGGUACAAAAUCGUGACUGAGAAAAGCACAGUUCCGGUGCGGGCAGCAGAAAGCAUUCGUCGGAUAUUUGAUGCCAACACAAAGCCCAAUUUGAAUUUACAGGUGCUGUCUAACCCCGAGUUCUUGGCAGAAGGGACGGCCAUCAAGGACCUCAAGAACCCAGACAGGGUACUGAUUGGAGGAGAUGAAACCCCAGAGGGCCAGAGAGCUGUACAGGCACUGUGUGCUGUGUAUGAGCAUUGGGUUCCCAAAGAAAAGAUCCUUACCACUAAUACUUGGUCUUCUGAACUUUCCAAACUGGCUGCAAAUGCUUUUCUUGCCCAGAGAAUCAGCAGCAUUAACUCCAUAAGCGCCCUCUGUGAAGCUACAGGAGCUGAUGUAGAAGAGGUGGCAACAGCUAUUGGAAUGGACCAGAGAAUUGGAAAUAAGUUUUUGAAAGCCAGUGUUGGUUUUGGUGGGAGCUGCUUUCAAAAAGAUGUUCUGAAUUUGGUUUAUCUCUGUGAGGCUCUGAAUUUGCCUGAAGUAGCUCGUUACUGGCAGCAGGUCAUCGAUAUGAAUGACUACCAGAGAAGGAGGUUUGCUUCCCGGAUUAUAGAUAGUCUCUUCAAUACUGUGACUGAUAAGAAGAUAGCUAUUUUGGGAUUUGCAUUCAAAAAGGACACCGGUGAUACAAGAGAAUCUUCGAGUAUAUACAUCAGCAAAUACUUGAUGGAUGAAGGUGCACACCUCCACAUAUAUGACCCAAAAGUACCAAGGGAACAAAUAGUGGUGGAUCUUUCUCAUCCAGGAGUUUCAGAGGAUGACCAAGUGAACCGACUUGUAACCAUUUCCAAGGACCCAUAUGAAGCUUGUGACGGUGCCCAUGCAGUUGUUAUUUGUACCGAGUGGGACAUGUUUAAGGAACUGGAUUAUGAACGAAUUCAUAAAAGAAUGCUGAAGCCAGCCUUUAUCUUUGAUGGGCGACGUGUCCUGGAUGGGCUUCACAAUGAACUUCAAACUAUUGGAUUCCAGAUUGAAACAAUUGGCAAGAAAGUAUCUUCAAAGAGAAUUCCAUAUGCUCCAUCUGGUGAAAUUCCAAAGUUUAGUCUUCAGGAUCCACCUAACAAGAAACCCAAAGUAUAGAAAUUGCCAUUUUUGGGGGAGGGGUAUUUCUGGAUAACAAAUAUAUCUAUCCAAUUCAAGUGGUAUAUGAACCAAGUGUUUCUAAGGAAACAAGCCUAUUUUUUAAUCAAAUUUAUACUAGCAUUAUGAGAAUAGCAUAUAUGGUAAUUAUGAAGCUAGAAUCUUUUUUACAAUAUUUUUAUAAUAUUGUUACCUCAGUGAGUGACUCAAUCAUGUUUUUAGUGGUGUUGAUUUUUGUAGAGAUUAAACAUUAAAUACUUUCACAAAAUGUCCAUAGACAGCACUUUCAUAUCAUGUUGUAAAGUGUAAACAGAAAGGUAUACUUCAGUUUAUUGACUUGCCAUUAAAUGUAUUUUAGUGACCUGGGAAGUGGUAUAGGUUCUCAAGUUUGAGCUCCAGCAUCACAGUGCCAGAGUGAUGGCUCUGGUUUUCUCUAUCUUCCCUUCUCUUGGGGGUCGGGCAGUAGCGCAGUGGACUAAGCGAAGGUGGUGCAAAGCGCAAGGACCGGCAUAAGGAUCCCGGUUCGAACCCCGGCUCCCCACCUGCAGGGGAUUGCUUCACAGGCGGUGAAGCAGGUCUGCAGGUGUCUAUCUUUCUC